AUGUCAUCUCCAUUGGGAAUUCAUGCGAGAAAACACUUCGAAUUCAUUUGUCAGGCAAAAAUUUCCACAAGAACUAAAUAUACAGGUACAUUGAUACCAUUGUUCACAUGUACAGACACAAACUACUCAUUGAUAAUGCGCGACUAUACAGAUAUACUGAAUAUGAGAGAAGAAUUGAACUUAUUAAACAGAUCUGUUCACAGUUUGCUAAAAAGACUUGUGCCUCCAUACAUUUCUGAUAUAAUGACUAACAACCACAUGAAAGACGUAUUUGUCUCUCAUGAAUCUGCAGUUGCAGCGAUGUGUUUGAAACCAAGUCAAGAAAUUGUUUCUCAAGAUAGUGAUCUUCUUGAUGAUUGUGAUAUAACACAAGUCUGUAUCUCAAUUGUCGACAAAGUACUUGGUAGUUAUCAAGAUAUUUCAAGAAUCAGAACAUUUAACGGAAACUUUUUAUUUGUUACAUCAUUAUUCAAUGAUGAUGAGAAAACUGAUAAGGUGACAUACUUACUCUCAUUCCUGGAAGAAGCUGUCGCAGAAAUUAACAAAUAUAUGAUGUUCAAAAUGCUUGUUUCAUGCACAAUAUCCUACGGAGGACCUAUUUAUGCAUGUAUAACAGGCAUUUCCAAGACAAUGUUCGAUGUUUUAGGCAAUGAAUUGACUGAAUGCUUCGACAACCUUGAUAUUGUUCCCCCAGGUAAGAUUAUUUUUACAAGUGAAGCAUAUGAUAGGAUGAAAGAUCACUCAAUAUCAAGUCAAUUCAUACCGCCAAGGCAGUUGAAGAAAAAAGUUUAUAUAAUGAACAAUUAUUUAGGAAUGAAUUUCAAUAGUGUAUCACCUGAGUUGUAA